AUGGACGGCCUUCGUUCGAUGUGUUACUGCGACAGCAGCUACUCUGGCAACGAUUGCACCGAACAAGAUACGAACGAGUGUGUUGAUAAACCGUGCCAUUGGCUCGCUCAAUGCUCCAACACCUUCAACUCUUAUCACUGUACCUGCUUGCCCGGUUUCAAGGGCGACGGUCACAACUGCACAGACAUAAACGAAUGCGAGGCAGACGCGGACGGUAAGCUAUGCCCGGAGCAUUCAACGUGCUGCAAUAUUCCCGGAAGUUACUUUUGCAACUGUUCAGACGGAUUCCGUCCGGUCGGAACACCGCUCGACAAAUGCGUAGAUAUCAACGAGUGCACCGAGAAGCUUCAUCGCUGCAAACAGCAUGAGACCUGUCGCAAUACAGUCGGAUCGUAUUUGUGUGUUUCUGGGUCCAGAAGUUCAUGCCCGGAAGGCUUUUCCGAACAUGCCGGUUCUUGCAUAAAACUGUCCGAAGGCGGCCAGCGCAAGUGCAAAACCGGCAACGACUGUGACCGCAAUGCGGACUGUCUGGAAACGGCGGAGGGCUUCAAGUGCACCUGCAGGAGCGGCUACAUCGGUGACGGCAGAACGUGUCAA